GACAGCUGGAACAGCUGCCCCUCCCUCCCUGCCUCCUCCCUUCUGCCUGGGCGAUGGAGCGGCCGCAGUGAGCUGGCUCUGGCUGCACAAGACGAAGAAGGCGACGCGAUGGUUACACCGGCCCAGCCCUUGGGUGCGAGCUGUCAGCAUGAGUGAGCCCCCGCCGCGCCCACACUGCUCGGUGCUCAGCUGCUUCGGUGAUGAGCCCCCUAGCCUAGAAUACAUUCAGGCCAAGGAUCUUUUUCCACCAAGGGAACUUGUAAAGGAGGAGGAAAAACUGCAGGUACCAUUCCCAGUACUGCCAGGUGAAGGAGUGGAAUAUUUAGGAAGCGCAAAUGAUGCAGUCAUAGCUAUCUCUAAUUACCGUUUGCACAUCAAGUUCAAAGAUUCUGUCAUCAAUGUGCCUUUAAGGAUGAUUGAGGCAGUGGAGAGUCGGGACAUGUUCCAGCUGCAGAUCAUAUGCAAGGAUUCUAAAGUAGUCAGGUGCCACUUUUCCACAUUUAAGCAAUGCCAGGAAUGGCUGAAGAGACUGAGCAGAGCCACAUUACGCCCAGCAAAACAAGAAGAUCUUUUUGCAUUUGCCUAUCAUGCCUGGUGCCAGGGGAUUUGCACAGAUGAGGAGGAGCCCCUUAUACACCUUUGUCGCCCUGGUGACCAUGUAAAGUCCCGAUUUCAGAUGGAACUGGUACGCAUGGGUUUUGAUUUGCAAAAUGCUUGGAGAGUGUCUGAGAUUAACAACAAUUACAAACUUUGCCCAAGUUAUCCCCAGAAGCUUCUUGUACCUGUCUGGAUCACUGAUAAGGAAUUGGAGAAUGUUGCUUCCUUCAGAUCCUGGAAGCGCAUCCCUGUUGUUGUGUACAGGCAUACACGCACAGGAGCAGUGAUUGCCCGGUGCAGCCAGCCUGAGAUUAGCUGGUGGGGCUGGCGCAAUGCAGACGAUGAAUAUCUUGUAACUUCCAUUGCGAAAGCCUGUGCACUAAACCCAGCUGUACGUAUGCCUAAUGGAAACGCCUCUAGCAAAGAAAACAAAGAUGGAAGCGACAAUUCAGACACCGACUUUGAUUCUUCCUUGACAGCUUGCCCUGUGGAGGGUGGAGGUGUACCUCAGAAGCUACUCAUAGUAGAUGCCAGAUCUUACACAGCUGCUGUGGCAAACCGAGCAAAAGGAGGAGGAUGUGAAUGUGAAGAAUAUUAUCCAAACUGUGAAGUGGCGUUCAUGGGAAUGGCUAAUAUCCAUUCAAUUCGGAACAGCUUUCAGUAUCUUAGAGCUGUGUGUAACCAGGUGCCCGAUCCAGGAAACUGGCUCUCAGCAUUGGAAAGUACAAAGUGGCUACAGCACCUGUCUGCCAUGUUGAAAGCAGCAACGGUUGUGGCUAAUGCAGUAGACAGGGAAGAGAGGCCUGUGCUGGUUCAUUGCUCAGAUGGCUGGGACAGAACGCCACAGAUUGUUUCUCUGGCAAAGCUACUGCUGGAUCCAUAUUAUCGAACUUUAGAAGGUUUCCAGGUAUUGGUUGAAACGGAUUGGUUAGAUUACGGACAUAAAUUUGCCGACCGAUGUGGCCAUCAAGAAAAUACAGAAGAUCAAAAUGAACAAUGUCCAGUCUUCCUGCAGUGGCUUGAUUGUAUCCAUCAGCUGCUACUCCAGUUCCCAUGUCACUUUGAGUUUAACCAUGCUUUUCUGGUGAAGUUAGUGCAACACACAUAUUCAUGCCUGUAUGGAACCUUCCUUGCCAACAACUUGUGUGAGCGAGAGAUGCGAAACAUUUACAAAAGAACUUGCUCAGUUUGGUCCUUGCUUAGGACUGGCAACAAAAAUUUUCACAACCUAUUGUACAUGCCUGGAAGUGAUCUGGUACUGCAUCCUGUUUGUCACGUUCGAGCACUUCAGCUUUGGACAGCUGUAUAUCUGCCAGCAACAUCACCUUGUACUCCUAUGGAUGAUAGGAUGGAAAUGUAUCUUACCCCUGCUUCCCAGGGACCAGAGUUUAAUGCCAGAUCCCUUGACAGGUUACCAAAAACCCGAUCAAUGGACAAUCUUCUGACUGCAUGUGACGGCGGGGGACUACUGACACGUACUUCUAGUGACCCCAAUCUUAACCAUCAGGGCAUCCUAGAACCAUGCAGCUCCAGCAAGGAGGGCAAUGAGACUGAAAUUCAUGAUAUUCAGCAGCAGGCUUUAUCAACAGAGCCCAAGGAAGAAGGAAGGGAUCUUGACAGUAAAAGCACUGAGUGUGAAAAUAAGGAUACAGGCGAAUUUAGAAAUCAGACUAAUAAUGAACAAAAUGCUCUUAAAAAUAGUUUAUCAGUCGCCAAACUAGAUUCUGUAGAUGACAGACGUGAUCACUUUAAAUCUGUACUGGAAAAUAAUUCUGUUAUUCCAGUGCCAAGCAACAUAGGGACAAUCAAAGAUGAUAAUAGCCACAGUAAUGGGAUCUCAGGGCAUCUUCCAGUUCCAGUCUUGGUUACUAAUGGAUCUGUUCAAAACAAGCCCUGUGUAGAUGUUAGCAAAGCUAUGAAACUAUCUACUGAGUUGUCUAGGACUGACAAAAAGCCUGGGUUUCAAACACAGCGGGACGAAUUCUCUUUAUUUGCAUCCAACUGGGACAGUUUACCAGGGAUGAUGAGAUCUGUUCCUCUGUGUGAGGUUGGUCUACGACGCCCUCUCUCCUAUGACUGUUCUACAAGGAGUCAGCACAACAGGAAUGGAAGACAUACUACCAAACUAACUGGAAAUUUACCUGCCUCUUUUCACUGCCCUGGGCUCUUUACUAAAAGCUGCAGAUGUGUGAUGGCUUGUCAUACAAAGCAGAUACAGAGUGGCAGAUUCUUACCAUUGGCAUGUCCAUCCCCAGCUCCACUCAUUUAUCAGGAUGAUGAUGGUUUGCCGAUUCCCAGUGAUGUGGUACAGCAGAGACUCAGGCAAAUGGAAGCAAGUUACAAACAAGAAGUAGAUCUUCUUCGAAGGCAGGUAUGGGAAUUGCAGCUCCAGUUAGAGAUCCGGCAGUAUUGCGCACCACCUUCUGAACCAGAAGCAGACUAUGAAGAUGAUUUUACAUGUGUAAAAGAGUCUGAUGGUAGUGAUAUGGAUGACCUCUAUUCAGAUAAGAGUGAAGACAGACUCUCUGAAGCAAGUUGGGAGCCAGUGGAUAAAAAGGAAACUGAGGUAACAAGAUGGGUCCCUGACCACAUGGCUUCACAUUGCUUUAACUGUGACUGUGAAUUCUGGCUGGCGAAACGUAGACAUCACUGCAGAAAUUGCGGUAAUGUGUUCUGUGCCGCCUGUUGCCACUUGAAGCUUCCUAUACCUGACCAGCAGCUGUACGACCCUGUGCUUGUGUGCAACACGUGCUAUGACCACAUCCAAGUGAUGCGCGCAAGGGAACUCAUGUCUCAGCAGCUGAAGAAACCCCUCGCUGCAGCCUCAAGCUGAAUGCUAACCUAAAAACCUGUUUCCUUUUUGCUCCUCUUUUUGUUUUCUGCCACGAAGAUGAUGUUUUAAGAGGAAGGCAUGUAUGUUGGUACUCGGCUGCAUGCCUGUGAAUAUCUUCAGUGACAAGCAGCAGGCUGGCCCACUCUAGCAUUAUAUUGCUACACCGAGGCAGGUUCUCUCUCCCCCAAAAAUGCAGUUGCAACAAUUAUUUAGCAUUUCUAAUAACUCUACAAAUGUUCAUACAUCAGUAACGGUAAAAGCUUAGUGUAGCGAAACGGAAAGGUUUUCCAGGGUGACUAGAGAAGAGCAGUGAUAUAGGUCCAGAGGGGUUUCCAUGCUUUUUCAGUAGCAUGGCGCUAUUCAUGUGGGGUAGAAGCCAUGGUGAGAUGGUUGGAUUCCCCCAGCUGACUGAUACUGUUCAAUUCUUGAAAAAGAACAGCAGAAAUGUUGUGACUUGAGCUAAACUGUGGCAAAGUGAAAGACGCUGGUCCAUUAGAACUGGCAGCAAAGGGUUUAUGUGUAAAUUAAAGUGCAGAUGAGUACUUUGAAACUGUGAAGAGUUUUUUUGCCGAAGGUCUAAUUAUUGCAGUAAUAGGGUUUAGUAAGGAGGUUACUGCAUUUGCUAGUGUUACUGUAUAUUUGUUCUGAUGGGCUUGAACAGCCCAUACCCAGAAGCCUGUAAAUAUCCAUGUUUUGUUUUGUUGAUGUAGGUUCCCUUUGCCAUUAACCAUAUCAGAAUUUCCUCCUUAGAUACUGAUUCCCAAGCGAAAAGGAAAAAGUAAACACAAAGUCUUCUUUGUGAUUUUUUUUUUCAGAGGGGCUUUGUAUUAAAUGCUGCUAUUUCUAAUGUUGUGCACUUAAUGUAACCCAGAAAAGGGACAGAACAUUGAUACCAAACGGUUUAGUCUGCCAGGUAAACUAUAUUAUAGUACAGUGCCGCUUUGUCCCAUGUACAGUCAUGCUCCUGUCAUCUUCUUCCUUUUGUUUAUAUGUUAAUGCACUUUUUUUCUUUUGCUGGCUCUGUAUUUGUUUCAGUCCUUGUGGUCACAUUUCAGUGGCUUACUUGGCUCAGUGCUAUUUGCCACUAUAAAGGUUGCAGGCAAACAAGUCUGUUUAACAGAAUUAUGUUAUUAGUUGGAAUACUUUCUGCUGUAUAUUGCUGAGCUGUACACACACAACUCUGUCCAGUCUUUCUAUGCAGAACCUAACCCCAAGUGAUCUGCUUAACAGUUGUGGUUACAGUAAUAUGUAGAACAUAGUAUCUCCUUACAUGAAUUGCAUGAUGGCUUCUAAAAGAGGACAGGGCGGAGUGCUGGCGUUAUUGGCUGGCCUCUCAGCCGCUUGCUGUAGGUGAGCAGUGACACCUCUUACUUAUCAAGGGCUGCAAAGGAAGGGCAUUCAUAACUGUAAAGGGGAAGCUGUCAUGUAAAAUCUCAAAAAUUCAGUGUACCGUCACACUUUAUUACUUUUCAAAAUAAGCAGCUUUCAGUGUCAAUUCAUUCUAGGUAUUGAGUAGCUUUAGAGGGUGUCCACCAAUCCUAGGUGCAGCAUCAUUUGCCAUUUAAGCUCUCUUUUAUAGUGGAAAGGUGCCUAAACAUCAUUGCUGUCAUUCCCACUUGCAGAACUCCUACAUAUGCACAACACUUGUUUCCUCAAUGCCUGCCUUCACAGGGCAUAAUGCAGAAAGAACUAGAGAGAUUUUUGGAGCGUUUUGGGCAUUUUAGAGAAUAAUAUUCCUUUUCCUGUGUUUGUUUCCCAUUGGGCCGUGCUCUCAGCUUAACCACUAGUGUUACACCUCAUAAAUCUGAGAGUGCUGUACUCUGAACACCAGGCACUGCUGCCGCGCCUCCGUUGUUGGAGAGCAGUAAAUCCGGUGUUGGAAAUAAAGUGUCUGAUUGGGUACACACACGGCAAGUUCCCUUCCCAGGUGGUGUUAUGGAAACAUGUUCCGUAACUGUCUGCAUUGUGGCCUAAUACAUUAUUAUGUGUAUAUCAUCUGGUAACCCACAGUGAAGGAUAUGGGAAGGGAAUGAUUUCAUUUGGAUUUGUUCUGGUAGCUACAGCUAAAUGAACGGGACGGAAGCAAUGGCAAAUGAGAAUACAUUUCUGUAAAAUAUUGUGUACAACUUAAGUGCUGUAAAGGUGAAUCACUUCAAAUAAAUACACAUUCAGAUGUC